CCCACCGUGAAAAUAGGUCACUUUUGAAAGCCUGUCUACGGAAGUUGCCGUUCUUAAGUCGCAGCUCGACACUUCAACAUGUCUCCUUCGGCGGAUUUGGAGCGUCUUUAGUUGCCUUCCGACUGUGUUAGCAUCGAGCUAGCGGGCCGUCGCCAGACACGAGCAGCAGUGGCAGCAGCAGCGGCAGCAGCAUCAAUGGUGCGGCCACAUCCCGGAGCCGUCACAUUCUCCCGUGUCCGCUCAAUGAACCACCUCUCCAGCUCUCAUCACAGCUGCACAUGUAUGGCGUUUGCGAGCCCCGCAGGGGAGUUCUGCCAAGCCCAGCACCUGCUGCUCAUCGUGGACAAGUGAAGAGGAGAGCACAGCCAGGCACAAACACUGUCAUACUCGCACCCACAGCACAGGUCCUUACUGCCGCCGUGUUGAAACCAUAUGAAGACAAGCCAACCUGUCCGCUGGAGCGGGGCAGACUUGGGUGCCCUCCCAGGCAUCUUUGCUUUCCUCUUUGGCUCUUCAGCGCUCUUUCAUUAGACUGCAUCAUCGCUAAAUGGGCUGACACCUUCUGAAGACAGGGACAGACCUUUUCUCACCUGUUCUCAGACUCAGACAGCGGUGCCUUUUGUCCAAGUUCCCGUCAUCGUCAGCGACAUUUGUGGCUCUCAGGAUGAAUCGGCCGGCUCCGGUUGAGAUCACCUACGACUGUCUGAGGUUUCUCAUCACUCACAACCCCACCAAUGCACAACUGGCAAAGUUUAUAGAGGAUCUGAAGGCAUUCGGCGUCAACACUCUGGUGAGGGUGUGUGCAGCUACUUACGACAGGACUCCAGUGGAGCAAGAAGGAAUACAAGUGCUGGACUGGCCCUUUGAGGAUGGCUCCGCCCCCCCUGAUCAAGUGGUGGACGACUGGCUGAGCCUGCUGCAGGCCAAGUUUCGCGAGGAGCCAGGCAGCUGUGUGGCCGUCCACUGCGUCGCUGGACUUGGACGAGCUCCUGUGUUGGUGGCGCUUGCUCUGAUCGAGUGUGGAAUGGAGUAUGAAGACGCCGUUCACCUCAUCAGGCAGAAGCGGCGUGGAGCCUUCAACGCCAGACAGCUGCUUUACCUGGAGAACUACAAACCCAAACUGUGUCUGCGCUCCAAAGAUUCCAACGGUCAGAGCUGCUGUGUUCAGUAGUCGACCAAAGCGCUUGGCUGGGAUUUCCUUUGCAACAGAGUGGGGAUAUUGUUUGUCUAAAUGUCAGAUGUAGCAACAACAACAAAAUAUCUAGCAGAAACAGCACUAUCUAUCACAGCCACUGUGAAAUCAUCUUUAUAGUGGACAUAUUUAUUCCAUGUGUCAUUUUAAGUAUGUAUUCUAUGCACCUGAUUUCUUCUCUUGUCCCUAUCUGUCUGUAUUCAAUAGGAAAGCCCGUCUGCUGUAUUGAAAUUGAAAAUCUCAAAGAUAUUCAAGACAAGUUUGCUCCGUUGGUCGGUCAUUCAGGAGCAACUCAUGUCCAGGUCCAACUGUCCUGACUCGUGCACACGUCUCACAUGUGUUCUGAUGUGAUUUCUUCAUCAAGUUGUCCCUGUCUGAAAUCUGCGCGGCGAGCCCGAAGCUCUGAGCCCGAAGCUCUGAGCCCGAAGCUCUGAACCCGCCCGCCGCUGUAUUAGACCCAGAUGUGAGGCAUGAUUGCAGCGAGUUCAGCUGUUCACAUUCCUUCAUUCACACGUGCUGUGUGUGUGAGCACAUGAUCCACAUGACUUAUUCCAGCGCGUUGUGUCUAUCGUCACAGGCUUAUGAGGAAGUGUGACAGAGAGGAAACACAAGCAAGUCUCAGUCAAUUCAACACAGAAACGGGAGCAAGUGUGUUGUGAGUCUGCAGAUGCUGCGGUGACGUCACGGUUCUCCAGUCCAGGGAAGCAGGAGCUCCGCGCAGGUCCAUCUCUAACCCACGGGAUGCUGCACCUCACGUGGCUUGGACGAGGAACUGGGGCUGGUGUUUUCACUUCCAAGUGUGAGGAUCCGUACCCUGCCAGUGAGCAGAGGCUCCCAGGAAGCCCAGCGCCUUUGGCUGGGUGAGGCGUUUUCUGACGUGUUUCCAAGAGUUCUGUGCAAACAGAGCCAUGCUGAUGUGCUCUCUACGGCUCCACGACACAUUUGCACAUGGGUUGCUCUUCACGUGUAAUCAUACUCUCAAGCUCUUUCAGUAAAGUCAAUCCGUUUCAAUGACCGUGACCACAGCUCCACUCUGUCUCAUGGAUGCUGUUGCGUUGGUACAUCAUUUCAUUUUCUCUCUCAUGUACUCAUUCGCAUAUUACUUUGUGACUUGUGUGUCUGGUAGCAGGUGGAAAACCAUUGUAUCACACUGGAAAAAAUAAAGUGUCAACAACUUCAAGGCCUU